GCGGCCGACCUGCCAACACUCACUGACACUCACUCAUCUCAGAGCGCGCGCGCGAGACAUCUCCGCCGCGUUUUAAAACUCUUUUCCUUUUUACACUAGUAAUAAAACUAGAAAGCGGACCGGAGGCUUAAAGGAGACAGGGAGUUGUUGGAUGAAAUCGGGGCUAAAAAGAUUCAUCCUCUCUUGAACAUCAUCACCAACCAUCAUUCAUUCAUUACCUUGACAACCUCUGGCUUUGAUUGACAGCUGGAGUGGCAAAAAGCCACGAGACGCGACAGUUUGGUUACAUGCAUGUUGUUGAUGUAACCUUCAGUUUGGCGAAGCUUGACUUUUUUUUCCCCCCCUUUCUUUUUUUGGUGGCAAAGAGGAAAAGAAAAAUAAUUGCAAAACUCUUCCUGAUGCCCGAGCUCGUUCUCAGCCGUACUGGAGAAUAAGAGAAUUCAGCAAGAGGCUCGAAAAGGGAAUCUGAGCAGCGCAUGAGUUUGUGAGCGGACUGGGAAAUUAAAUCGACGACACAGAUCCAGAGGUUUAUUGGAGCGCAGGCUGAUGGCGCAAAGGUACGAUGAGCUGGCUCAUUACGGCGGCAUGGACGGGGUCGGUAUGUACGGGGAUCCUCACGCGCCUCGGCCGCUCCCGCAGGUCCAUCAUCUGAAUCACGGACCGCCGCUCCACGCCAGCCAGCAUUACGGCACACAUGCCCCCCAUCCCAAUGUCAUGCCCACCAGCAUGGGCUCAGCUGUCAACGACGUGUUAAAGAGGGAUAAAGAUCAAAUUUACGGUCAUCCUCUGUUUCCUCUGCUGGCUCUGGUGUUUGAGAAGUGUGAGUUGGCCACAUGUACCCCCCGUGAGCCCGGGGUGGCUGGAGGAGAUGUGUGCUCCUCUGACUCCUUCAACGAGGACAUCGCUGUCUUCGCCAAACAGGUCCGUGCAGAAAAACCUUUAUUUUCUUCAAAUCCAGAGUUGGAUAAUUUGAUGAUUCAAGCCAUACAAGUAUUACGGUUUCAUCUUUUGGAGUUAGAAAAGGUGCACGAACUCUGCGACAACUUCUGCCAUCGGUACAUCAGUUGUUUGAAAGGAAAAAUGCCUAUAGAUUUAGUGAUUGAUGAACGGGACGGCAGCUCAAAAUCAGACCACGAGGAGCUCUCGGGAUCUUCAACCAAUUUAGCCGAUCAUAAUCCGACGUCCUGGAGAGAUCACGACGACGCCACGUCCACACACUCGGCCGGAACGCCUGGACCCUCCAGCGGAGGACACGCCUCACAGAGCGGAGACAACAGCAGCGAACAAGGAGAUGGUUUGGACAACAGCGUGGCUUCACCCGGCACAGGUGACGACGACGACCCGGACAAGGAUAAAAAACGGCAGAAAAAACGUGGAAUCUUCCCGAAGGUCGCUACUAACAUCAUGCGGGCGUGGCUCUUCCAGCAUCUCACACAUCCGUAUCCUUCAGAAGAACAGAAGAAGCAGCUCGCUCAGGACACGGGUCUCACCAUCUUACAAGUCAACAACUGGUUCAUUAAUGCGAGAAGAAGAAUAGUCCAGCCCAUGAUUGACCAGUCAAACCGAGCAGGUUUUCUUCUUGAUCCUUCAGUGAGUCAGGGAGCGGCGUACAGUCCAGAGGGACAGCCAAUGGGCAGCUUCGUCCUGGAUGGACAGCAACACAUGGGAAUUCGACCGGCAGGUCCCAUGAGCGGUAUGGGCAUGAAUAUGGGCAUGGACGGCCAGUGGCACUACAUGUAACGGCUCUACUGUAAAGAAAGGGGGGAAGUGUGCGAGGCGUGCCUGGGAGUUUGUACAUCAGUGUGGUCCUGUGAACAUCGGCAUGGCAUCACCACCCCUCCACCAGCGGCCCCUUGUCUCUCACAUCUCUCACCCAGACCUCAACAGCACACUCCAACCCAUGCGGCCAUGCUAAUGCACGGACACCCCAAUGACGCAAGGGAACCGACCAAUAGCAUCAAAGAUGACAUCGACAAUAAGCCCAAGACAGAUUUUUUUUAAAAAGAAAACCGGUGCAGCAUCCGACAGCUGAAUCAGACGCUUCAUAUGGAAUUCCAGACGAGCUGUGAUAAUUUGUAAUCUUGUGAAUUUUGUUACUUUCGUUACUGGAGCACCAAGAGCUGAGGAGAACAGUUUGUAAAGUCUUGGGUUUUUCUUCAAAUCACCAGAAGAUGUUUCCACUUAUUAAACACACACACACACACACACACACACACACACAUUAUGAAAAAAAAAGAAACACACACACACAAAAGAGACUCCAAGAGUUGAAACUACUGUAGUAUAAAAGCAUAGAAACUAAAUUAAAACUUGUACAUUUUUAUCACUCACUUUAUGUUUUCUGCUAGUCCUAGAGUAAAACUUUGUUUGUUACAUUAUGUGCGUGGUUCCUUGAAACAGAGACGCUCCGAUCGAAACAAUAACUAGCGAAACACAUCUCGGCCCAGACACUAGCACUACACGGGCGAAUCUGCCCCGUCACGGACCACAAUUCUGAAUUAUUCCUCCAGAGUUUCUGCCGAUUGAAGCCGCUCUCUUUUAUUUUCCAUGCGUUCACCCUUUUUGGUCCAUGAAUGAAUGAAUGUUUCCCUGUAGGUGAAGUUCUUCUUUUGAAUUGCCCAAGCACUGGAUUGUGUUUCUUUUAUACAUUUUUAUUUUAUUAUAAUUAUUAUUAUAAUAUUUUGUAUGUUGGACUCUCAGAGAAAGAGCCUUAUGAAGGACGUGUAUCCUCGAGAAAACGCAACAUCCCGCGGUAGAUUCACGCCCGAGGAGCAAAUAUACCUGCCACACGGACGAUACCGAUACGUGGAUUGUUGUGAAUUCUACGACACAUAGUGUGCCGAAAAACUCUAAAAGGAUGAAAAAAAGAACUUAAAUUAUGAACUCAAAGCUGGAAGCUGAGAGAAUAUUGUAAGAAACUUCGUACAGAGUUCAGUCUAUUAAUUGUUUCAUGUUAGAUAUUCUGUGUUUACCUCAAUUGAAGACGAAUGUUUGCUAGUUUCAGAUCUGCUGUGGCAUUGAUAUUGUAUGUCCAUGAACUCCCUUCCUUUCUCAGCACGUGUUCCUCACUAGAAGAUGAAAUACUGUCUCCUUAAGCUUUGUCAAAAAUACAUUCAAUACUUGUAUGAGGACUGUGGCGUAAUGUUUCAAAAGUGUUCAGUCACAAAUGCUGUAAUAAAUAUUUCAUUUUUGAUUUUGAUAGAUUCUUGUGUGCUGUACAGUGUGUUGCACAUUCAUACAACUAUUUAUAUGAACCGAAAAUGUUGCUCUUACUGUAUAUAAUAUUAUUGGAUAGAACAUAGUUGACAUUAUUAUGGAUCAGAGUAUUGUUGUGCAAGUGCUCAUGGUGUGUAAAUGUUGCUUUAAGAUCCUCCACUUUAGUUUUGAUGUAAAACAUGUGUAAGUGUUUCAGAUGAGAUCAGAGACAGCUGGUGUAAUGUGGACUUACAGUGGGGCAGUUAGUUGAUCAGCUGCACUAAAGGAGAUUUGAGUCACUCUGCGGCGCCCCCUGCCGGUCACACACACACACACACACACACACACACACACACACACACACACACACACACACACACACACACACACACAUAUUGGUCUACCUAUCAUUAUGAGGACUUUCCAUAGACAUAAUGACUUUUAUACUGUAUAAACUAUAGAUUCUAUCCCCUAACCCUAACACAACCCCUAAACCUAAUCAUCACAGAAAACUUUCUGCAUUUUUACAUUUUCAAUAAAACAUUGUUUAGUAUGAUUUUUAAGCUAUUUGAAUUAUGGGGACACUAGAAAUGUCCUCAUAAAUCACAUUUAUAGCAUAAUAACCUUGUAAUUACUAGUUUGUAACUUACAAAAUUGUCCUCGUAAAUCACAAAAACACGCACACACACACACACACAUACACACACACACUCAAACACUCACACACACUCACUCUCAAACACACACACACUCACUCACACACUCACACACACACUCACUCACACACUCACUCACACACACUCACUCACUCACUCACUCACACACACUCAAACUCACACACUCACUCACAUACACACACGCAAACACACACAUUCAAACCUGCUGCACAAUAGCGUUUGUAUCUCAAAAACCUUCUUCAUUCUGAUAUAUCAUUUAAUAAACAUUUUAAAAAUGAUGAACACAAUGAUGAUUCUGCUCACGUGCAUAAUGAACAGUCACGAAUGCGCGAAAAAUACAUUAAAGAAAAGUGAAACAUUGUGUUUUUCUUAUCCUUUCAUUCAUUUUAUUAUUGAAUGUUUCAUUUCUUCAAGUGCAGGAACUAAAUAUCUAAAUAUCUUUUUUUAACAUGUUCGAUGUAAAAACUGCCUCAA